AUGAUCGACGUCGUACCAGACAGUUUCACGACACCGCCAAUUGAAGCACCCAAUGACGAAGUCUGGCCACGGCAAGCCAGUCAUCGCUUUCUGAACAGCAAGACCAAAGAGUUCGCCGUCGACGGAAACAACAUCCCGAACGUCGAUUUCAAUGUUGGAGAGUCCUACGCCGGCCUUCUACCCAUCAACUCCUCCGCAAGUGGCGACGACAUUCAAGCGCUCUACUUUUGGUUCUUUCCAUCCGAGACACCUCCAGCCGAAAAGGAAAUAGUCAUCUGGCUCACCGGCGGUCCCGGAUGUUCGUCAAUCGGCGAACUUCUGCAAGAGAACGGCCCAAUAUCAUGGAAGCCAGGCACUUAUGCUCCCGUUCGCAACCCCUGGAGCUGGCAUCGGCUUUCCAACGUCGUCUGGGUCGAUCAGCCCGUUGGCACCGGUUUCUCGCGAGGACCUGUCACAGCUACGGAUGAACACGACGUAGCAGCACAGUUUCUGGGGUUCUGGCGCAACUUUGUCGACACUUUCGACUUACACGAUUACAAAAUCCUCGUCGCCGGCUCAUCCUACAGUGGCCUGUACUGCCCGUACAUCUCCAGCGCCAUGCUCGACACCCAGGACACGAGCUAUUUCAACCUCAAAGGCACGAUGAUCUUUGAUCCGACGAUAUCGCAGCGCGGACUCGGUCAAGACUUUGGCGUGUCGAAGACGCUGGAAUAUUGGGGCCCAGCGUUCACCCUUAACCAAACAUCGAGAGACAAGGUGAAGGAGAUUGAUGAUCGAUGUGGUUACACGGAAUACGUGGAUAGAUACUUCACGUUCCCACCCUCGGGUGCGCAGCCUGUCAAUAUCCCCGGUGCAUUUACUCCGGAUAAUGAGUAUGUUCCGGAGUGCGAUGCCCUGACGUUUGUUGCCAUGGCGGAAGGAGAUGCAAACCCUUGCUUCAGCCUGUACAAUGUCCUUCGAUCUUGCCCUCUGCCCUUCGACCCAAUAGGCUUCACCGAGAACCGCUUCUACUAUCCAGCUGAAGGCCCAGUCUACUUCGACCGCAAAGACGUAAAGGCCGCCAUCAACGCACCGCUGGACAAGGAAUGGCGCUUCUGCAGUCGCGAGCCCGUUUUCGUAAACGACACGGACAACUCCAAUAACCCUGGGCCCGGAUCUUUGCCAGUCAUCCCCGGGAUAAUUGAGAAAACGCAAAAUGUUAUCGUAGGGCAUGGACUCCGGGACUUCAUACUACAGUCAACUGGUACGCUACUGGCUAUCCAGAACAUGACCUGGGGCGGAACACAGGGUUUUCAAACGCGGCCGGAAACCACCUUGAACAUCCCCUAUCACAGUAACGGGGACUUGGGCACGCUGGCCGGCGCCGGUGAGCUGGGUUCGUGGCAUGCCGAGCGUGGCUUGACGUACUUUGAGACGCCGAUGUCGGGGCACUUCAUCGGCCGCGACGCGCCGUCUAUGUCGUUUCGAGCACUAGAGGUGUUGCUGGGAAGGGUGGAGGACUUCAGUUCGACAGAGCCAUUUUCAGUGGAUCUUAAGACUGGAUCUCAGAGGGAUGAGCUGUAG